AAAAAUCAAAUGAUGACCACGAAUGUGUGGGUGAAGCAGGAGUGGCAUGACUACAAGCUGCGCUGGGACCCCCAAGAAUAUGAAAAUGUCACAUCCAUCCGAAUCCCCUCGGAGCUCAUCUGGAGGCCAGAUAUUGUCCUCUACAACAAUGCUGAUGGUGACUUUGCAGUCACCCAUCUGACCAAAGCCCACCUCUUCUAUGACGGGAGAAUUAAAUGGAUGCCACCUGCUAUCUAUAAAAGCUCCUGCAGCAUCGAUGUUACCUUCUUCCCCUUUGACCAGCAAAACUGCACAAUGAAGUUUGGCUCCUGGACCUAUGACAAAGCCAAGAUAGACUUGGUGAGCAUGCACAGUCAUGUGGACCAGCUGGACUACUGGGAGAGCGGAGAAUGGGUCAUCAUCAACGCCGUGGGCAAUUACAACAGCAAGAAAUACGAAUGCUGCACGGAAAUCUACCCCGAUAUAACUUACUCCUUCAUUAUCCGGAGGUUGCCGCUGUUCUACACAAUCAAUCUGAUCAUCCCCUGCCUGCUGAUCUCCUGCCUGACUGUCCUGGUCUUCUACCUACCCUCUGAGUGUGGAGAGAAGAUAACCUUGUGCAUCUCUGUGCUGCUGUCCCUCACUGUGUUCCUGCUGCUCAUCACAGAGAUCAUCCCAUCUACGUCCCUGGUCAUCCCUCUGAUUGGAGAGUAUCUUCUCUUCACCAUGAUAUUUGUUACCUUGUCUAUCAUCAUCACUGUCUUUGUGCUCAAUGUGCACCAUCGCUCUCCACGUACCCACACGAUGCCUGACUGGGUGAGAAGGAUCUUCCUUGACAUAGUCCCACGCCUCCUCUUCAUGAAACGUCCCUCCACGGUGAAAGACAAUUGCAAGAAGCUCAUUGAAUCCAUGCACAAAAUCACCAAUACACCGAGGCUUUGGUCCGAGAUCGACGUGGAACCCAACUUCACUACCUCAUCUUCUCCCAGCCCCCAGAGUAAUGAGCCAUCACCCACAUCUUCCUUCUGCGCCCACCCUGAGGAGCCAGCCAAGCCUCAGCCUCUCUGCAAGUCCCCUUCUGGGCAGUACUCCGUGCUGCACCCAGAGCCUGUACAGGUGACCUGCUCCUCUCCACAACCCUCAUGCCACGCCCGGAGGGACACCCAGACCACCUCCAUCCUGAAAGGCAGAUCGCUAAGUGUUCAGCAGAUGUACAGCCCCAAUAAGGCAGAGGAAGGGAGCAUCCGCUGCAGGUCCCGGAGCAUCCAGUACUGCUACCUGCAAGAGGACUCUUCCCAGACCAAUGGGCACUCCACCGGCUCUCCAGCAUCUCAGAGGUGCCACCUCAAUGAAGAGCAGCCCCAUCACAAGCCCCCUCAGUGCAAGUGUAAAUGCAAAAAGAGCGAGGCAGCUGGCACACCAGCUCAAGGGAGUAAACCUCACUGCACCAAAGAGCAGCACCUCGUGCUGAUGUCCCCAGCCCUGAAGCUGGCAGUGGAAGGAGUUCACUACAUCGCAGACCACUUGCGAGCAGAAGAUGCUGAUUUCUCAGUGAAGGAAGACUGGAAGUAUGUUGCAAUGGUCAUUGACAGGAUCUUCCUCUGGAUGUUCAUCAUUGUGUGCUUGCUGGGAACUGUUGGUCUCUUCCUCCCACCAUGGCUGGCAGGAAUGAUCUAAAUAUAGCCCCAGAAGGAAGAAAACCUAUCCCACUCCAUGGAUUUUAGUUCACCUGGAAGGAGAGGAGCAGAGAAGUGGAGGCUGCCCUCUGAAUUAUUUACUGCGUGCCCGCGCUUGAGUUGCUCCAGAGCUCUCUGGGAAUACUUUCUGAGGUCGUGUCAUUUUGCCAAGCCAUUUUCAUCUCCUCCAUCUAAUUUAGGGAAGAGUUCCCAUUAAAGUCUGUACAUAGCAUGGUGGCCCUCAUUGGCAUAUAUUCAGCAACGUCAGAACACGAGCUUGUUCCCUAAAGUAGCACAUAAAGAGGCUUCGCGUCUACAAACCAGCCCCUGGCAAAUUAGCUCUG